AUGGCACACGUGCACUUGCACAAUAAUCAUGCCAAUAAGCAUGACGUCAUUGCACAACACCAAGCGGUCAAUACAGCACCACACCAAGCGGUCAAUACAACACCCCACACCAAGCCGUCAAUACAACAUUCCACACCAAGCCGUCAAUACAGCACCACACCAAGCCGUCAAUACAACACCCCACACCAAGCGGUCAAUACAACAUCCCACACCAAGCCGUCAAUACAACACCGCACACCAAGCGGUCAAUACAGCACCACACCAAGCGGUCAAUACAACACCCCCACACCAAGCGGUCAAUACAACACCCCACACCAAGCCGUCAAUACAGCACCACACCAAGCCGUCAAUACAGCACCACACCAAGCCGUCAAUACAACACCCCACACCAAGCCGUCAAUACAACAUCCCACACCAAGCCGUCAAUACAGCACCACACCAAGCCGUCAAUACAGCACCACACCAAGCCGUCAAUACAACACCCCACACCAAGCCGUCAAUACAACACCCCACACCAAGCGGUCAAUACAACACCCCACACCAAGCGGUCAAUACAACACCCCACACCAAGCCAUCAAUACAACACCACACCAAGCCGUCAAUACAGCACCACACCAAACCGUCAAUAUAGCACCACACCAAGCCGUCAAUACAACACCCCACACCAAGCGGUCAAUACAACACCCAACACCAAGCGGUCAAUACAACACCCCACACCAAGCCAUCAAUACAACACCCCACACCAAGCGGUCAAUACAACACCACACACCAAGCGGUCAAUACAACACCACACCAAGCCGUCAAUAUAACACCCCACACCAAGCGGUCAAUACAACAACCCGCACCAAGCGGUCAAUACAACACCCCGAACCAAGCGGUCAAUACAACACCCCACACCAACCCGUCAAUACAACACCCCACACCAACCCGUCAAUACAACAUCCCACACCAAGCCGUCAAUACAGCACCACACCAAGCGGUCAAUACAACACCCCACACCAAGCGGUCAAUACAACACCCCACACCAAGCCAUCAAUACAACACCCCACACCAAGCGGUCAAUACAACACCACACACCAAGCGGUCAAUACAACACCACACCAAGCCGUCAAUAUAACACCCCACACCAAGCGGUCAAUACAACAACCCGCACCAAGCGGUCAAUACAACAACCCGAACCAAGCGGUCAAUACAACACCCCACACCAAGCCGUCAAUACAACACCCCACACCAACCCGUCAAUACAACAUCCCACACCAAGCCAUCAAUACAACACCCCACACCAAGCCAUCAAUACAAUACCCCACACCAAGCGGUCAAUACAACACCCCACACCAAGCGGUCAAUACAACACCCCACACCAAGCCAUCAAUACAACACCCCACACCAAGCGGUCAAUACAACACCACACCAAGCCGUCAAUAUAACACCCCACACCAAGCGGUCAAUACAACAACCCGCACCAAGCGGUCAAUACAACACCCCGAACCAAGCGGUCAAUACAACACCCCACACCAAGCCAUCAAUACAACACCCCACACCAACCCGUCAAUACAACACCUCACACCAAGCCGUCAAUACAACAUCCCACACCAAGCCAUCAAUACAACACCCCACACCAAGCCAUCAAUACAGCACCCCACACCAAGCGGUCAAUACAGCACCGCACACCAAGCCGUCAAUACAGCACCCCACACCAAGCCGUCAAUACAACACCCCACACCAAGCCAUCAAUACACCACCUCACACCAAGCCAUCAAUACAACACCCCACACCAAGCCGUCAAUAUAA